AAUUAAUAUACUACUAUUUUGAUAUGAUUCCAUCCAUACUUGUGCAGAUUCGUUAGAACUCACUCUCCUUAUGUCCAUACCAUAAUCAAAAAACCACCAAUUUUUGGCACCAUAAUCAACCAAUAUGUCAAUACUACCACCAUCCCUUCUCAUCCUCCUAUCCCUCCUAUGUUAUCAUGCAACUUCACAACCAAUUGCCAAUAACAUCCAAAAUGACCAAAAUACUCUUCUAAAGAUUAAAAGCUUUUGGUCCAACCCAACCAUCCUCAACCAUUGGAACCAAUCUUCCAACCCUUGUAGCUGGCCGGAGAUCACGUGUACCACCAACACGAUUACUAGGAUCAAAAUAGAAAACACAGAUAUCACUGGACCCGUUCCGCCUUUCAUUUGUGAUAUUAAAAACUUGACCCAUAUUGAUUUAAAUUACAAUUACAUCACAGGAGAGUUUCCAACAUCUCUCUAUAACUGCAAAAAACUUGAAUACCUUGAUUUGUCUCAAAACUUGUUAGUGGGACGAAUCCCUGAUGAUAUAUCACAGUUAUUGCCUGAGAUACGGGACCUCAGGCUCUUUGGUAAUAACUUCACUGGUGACAUUCCAGUGGCGAUUUCAAGAUUAUCAAAGCUUUCAUCACUUCAACUGCAUCAAUGUCUAUUUAAUGGAAGUUAUCCAGAGGAAAUCGGAAAUUUAAACGACCUUGAAGUGCUAAAUUUGGGUUUUAAUGACUUUACACCAUCAAGACUUCCCGAGAGUUUUACUCGGUUGAAAAAGCUUCGAACUUUCCACAUGACGGAAGCCAACUUAAUAGGAGAAAUACCCGGAAACUUAUCUGGCUUGGUGGCUAUUGAGCUGCUAGAUUUGUCUGCUAAUCAUCUUGUUGGAUCAAUACCGAGUGAUCUGUUCUUGUUAAAGAAUUUAACAGAAGUUUAUCUUUACUACAACAAUCUAACAGGUGGAAUUCCUGACUCUAUUGAAGCAACAAAAUUGCAAGUCAUUGAUCUCUCUGCAAACAAGUUAACUGGAAAAAUCCCCGAAGGAUUUGGGAAUCUUGAGAGUUUGUCUAACUUGACGCUCAUGCUGAAUCAGUUAUCCGGUGAAGUUCCUGUUGGUAUCGGCCGCCUGCCUAGCUUAAUUGACAUUCGAAUUUUUGAGAAUAACCUAUCGGGUCCACUGCCACCUGAUUUUGGAAGGUACUCUGACCUGAAAUUAUUUGAAGUAUUCCAAAAUAAGUUCACAGGAAACUUACCAGAGAAUCUGUGUUACAAUGGGAAGCUCAAAGGCUUGAUUGCUUACCAGAAUAGUCUUUCAGGUGAGAUACCGAAUUCACUUGGAAGUUGUAACAGCUUGAUGAAUAUUCAGGUUUAUGGGAACCAGUUUUCAGGAGAUAUCCCUGAUGGAUUGUGGAAGGUUUCAAAAUUAGAAACAAUGCUGAUUAAUGAUAACUCAUUUUCCGGAGAACUACCACAGGAAUUGGCGCCGAAGUUAUCAACACUUGAUAUAAGUAAUAACAGAUUUUCAGGUCAAAUUCCUACCAGGAUAUCCUCUUGGACAAGUCUAAGGAUUUUCAGAGCAAGUCAUAAUCGACUAGAUGGCGUAAUUCCAAGAAAUAUAACAGCACUUCCAGUUUUAGACACCUUGUUGCUGGAUGGGAACCAACUCUCAGGCGAAAUUCCGACAAGUAUUGUUUCCUGGAGUUCACUUAAUACCUUAAAUCUCAGUAGAAACAAGCUAACUGGCCAGAUUCCAGCUGGUCUCGGGUUCUUAGAACGUCUUACAGUGCUGGAUUUGUCAAGAAACAAUCUUUCGGGUCAGAUACCAAGUCAGCUCGGUAGACGGCUCGUUGUGCUUGAUCUUUCAGCCAAUGAUCUCAGUGGAAGCAUCCCGAGUCAGCUCGAUAAUGGUGCUUUUGAUAGAAGUUUUCUGGAUAAUCCUCGUCUUUGUUCAAAUAACCCAUCAUUAGGCCUCAAUUCUUGCAUUUCCAGGACCAAAUCCGGAUCAUCUAGCAAGAUUUCAGCUAAAAAUGUGAUGAUUAUUGCGGUUAUAGCAGCAAUACUGUUCCUUUUGGCAGUACUAAUGACAGGAUAUGUCAUUGUUCUCUACCGCAGAAGGAAGUAUAAUUUGGAUUCAAAAUGGAAAUUCACUUCAUUCCAGAAACUGACUUUCACAGAAUCCACGAUUUUGCCUCGUUUGACGGAGAGCAACGUCAUUGGGCAUGGUGGUUCAGGAAAGGUGUAUCGGAUUCCAGUGAACCGAUUGGGCGAUUUUGUUGCGGUAAAGAAGAUUUCAACUAAAAUAGACUUAGAACAAAGGCUUGAAAAAGAGUUCUUAGCAGAAGUAGAGAUUCUAAGCACGAUCCGUCACUCAAACAUAGUCAAAUUAAUGGGAUGCAUUUCACGUGACAACUCAAAGCUUCUUGUGUACGAGUACUUAGAGAACCGAAGUUUGGACCGUUGGUUGCACCGAAAGCAGGCUCAAUCAAACCGUGGGUUGACUGGUUCUAUUCGCCAUGUGGUGCUUGAUUGGCCUACAAGGUUACAGAUAGCACUUGGAGCAGCCAGAGGUUUGUCUUAUAUGCACCAUGAUUGUAUUCCGGCUGUGGUCCAUCGAGAUGUGAAGUCAAGCAACGUGCUUUUAGAUGGUGAUUUCAAUGCUAAGAUUGCUGAUUUUGGGUUAGCCAGGAUCUUAGCCAAGGACAGUGAGCUAAACACAAUGUCAACUGUGGCUGGUUCAUUCGGAUACAUGGCUCCAGAAUAUGCUCAUACGACUAAAGUGGACAACAAGAUUGAUGUGUAUAGCUUUGGAGUGAUCUUGUUAGAAUUGACAACAGGAAAAGAGGCCAGCAAUGGCAGUGAGCAUUCAUCACUGGCCGAAUGGGCUUGGCAAGAAGCCCUAAGUGGUGCAUCAAUAUCAGCUGCUUUAGAUGAUGAAGUGAAUGAGCCCAAGUACUUGAACACCAUGAGCGGUGUAUUUAAACUUGGGCUAUGGUGUACAAGUAGAUUGCCAACCAACAGACCCUCCAUGAAGGAAGUAUGCCAGACGCUGCUACGUUGCAGCCUAGCAAUGGAAGAAAAAAUGGAGAAGAAUGGAAGUGAUGUACUUGAUCAUCUUCCCCUCCUCAAGCUUGAAAAUGUCUAAGUAUGUUACUUUAUGACUGCACAUAAGUGUGGCUCAUAUGUAAUACUGUAAUACUAAAUAGCUGGCUGACCUUCGGGGUCUAUUAGUAUACACACGCAUACCUUUCAUACGAGUUUUUUGUAGCUUAAAGUUUAGCAAAUAUAAUCUUGAAUUAUAGUA